AGGUGAAAUGAAAGCAAGCAGCAACAUAGCGUAACCAGUACAAAACUACUACCAUAACCUUGGCUUUGGGGCGGUUUCGUAUGGGACUACAGACAAAGGUACUUUAUUUAGAAGCCAAAAUAAGACACCCCGAAUCUGCCUGAAAUGGAGCUUUAGCGAAAUCAGAAGAGAGAAGUGAAACAUCGCUCGGGUUGGACUUUUUGGAAGUGGCUCUAAAUAGUUCUCUGACUCUACGCACUUGCUUCCUGUUGACACGGACCCCAUCAAAUAACCAGCGACACCACACGCUCAAAGAAAUGUAAAAGAGGCGAAAGUGGAGGCCAGGUAACAACGCGGGACAGGAGGUAAACAACCCGACAGGACUCCGCUGGCAUUGUUUUCUACAUGAGUCUUCGGGCAGGAUGUCGCUAAGUUCAGGCGGCUGGGCUCACCCACCCCCCGACCACACACCGGACCAGUCCGCCGCUCUCCCCAGCCACUAUGCGGCCUCGCAGGCACAACUUGGCUGCCACACCGUCCUCAUGUCGGUUCGGGUGUCAGUGUGCCAUUCUGGUAUUCGGCCGCUGUGUCUUCCGGGAGCAGGUGAUGAGUCACUCCGCCUGCAGCUCAGCAUGGACCCGGGGAAAUCCGGGGAAUUCCGGCUGUCGGUUCUGGAGAGCAGCGGGACUGGACGGAGUGUGACCAUCACUGAGUUUGAUUUGAGGAACGUAAACUAUGAAGUGAAGUCGCCAAAGUGUCACGAGCUGAGUUUGGCUGCUCCUCCACACGAUCGCAUCAGCUUCAACUUCCGCUGCGAGCAGGAAGCCCAGGAGUGGGCUACUGUGGUGAUGUCGUCACUUAGAGAAGCACACAGAGCCUCCCCUCACCAUAACGAGCCACAGCAGCCCCCCGAUGGUCUCCAUCAGCAGAGCACGCUGGCUUUGCAGCGAACAGAGGACACUUGUAUAGAGCUCACCAGAGCCAUAGAAGCAGGUGACAUGAAGUCUGCUUCUGCCGUUGCUGCUACACUCGCCCUUCAGCGUGCAGCACUUAGGAUCCAGCCUUCCACCAGAGACCACGAAUACAGUGAAGUCAAUUUGGCUGUCAUAGUGGAGGAUUCUUCCUCAUCCUGUUGUGUCACUGUGAAAGUUUUCCCACACAUGACUACUGCAUCGUUGAAACAGCAGAUGUUUCUCGAAUACGGCUUUCACCCACGAGUGCAGCGCUGGGUGAUUGGCCAGUGCUUGUGCUCCGACCAGCGCUCUCUCGCCUCAUAUGGUGUUCGUCAGGACGGUGACACAGCCUUCUUGUACCUCUUGUCAGCUCGCCAUGCCCGCUUGACCCCCCAGGCCCUCCAGCAGGAUCAGGAGAGCAUCCUCCUCCUCAGCCCUUCAUCUCAGUCUUUUCAAAACCCGUCACUCCCUGCUACCUCUGCAAACGGCCCCGCAUCUCAGGAGUGGAGGCCUUACACCACACUUCCUUCUAGGCUCCGUAGCAGUAGCAAAACUGGUGGAUCAGAAAGACAAACCAUCAGAGAUCUCAUCAACCUAGAGAUGCCCCAGCUUGAUGAAGCACUGCGCUCAAACACGCCGCCUACCCAGGGUUGGUCGUGUCCCUCUUGCACCUACAUUAAUAAACCUACGCGGCCGGGCUGUGAGAUCUGCAGUACAAACCGACCUGAGAACUACGUUAUCCCGGGGGGUUAUCGACCUGAUACACUGGAGCUCAGACGAAUCCAGAAGGAGAAGGAGGCUAUCAGACAAUACCAUCAGGCGAGGGAAGAGGAGCGAAGGCAGAAUUUUGCCCGGCUGGUGAUGAUGGAUGGUCAGGACCUGGUGCCUAACCCUGAGUCUGUGGAGUGCAGGAUCUGCUAUGCAGGCCUACAGCCGGGAGAGGGUGUGCUGCUGAGGGAGUGUCUCCACUGUUUCUGCAGAGAGUGCUUGUGCUCCGUCAUUAUGCUAAGCGAGGAGCCCGAGGUGUCCUGUCCCUACAGAGAUGACACAUACUCCUGUUCCUGCUUCCUGCAGGAGAGGGAGAUCAGAGCUUUGGUUCCUGCAGCCGAGUAUGAACGCUGGCUGCAGAGGGGUCUUUCAGUGGCAGAGUCCCGGUGUGAGGGCAGCUAUCACUGUGCUACUCCUGACUGUCUGGGCUGGUGUGUGUAUGAGGAUGCUGUCAAUGUCUUCCACUGCCCUGUCUGCAAGAAACACAACUGCCUGAUCUGCAAGGCUAUCCAUGAGGGAAUGAACUGUAAGCAGUACCAGGAUGAUCUCACAGCACGUGCUAUCAAUGACUCUGCUGCUAGAAGGACAACACAUCUACUAAAUACUCUUGUGCAGUCAGGGGAAGCCAUGCGCUGUCCCCAGUGUGGCAUCAUUGUGCAGAAGAGGGAUGGGUGUGAUUGGUUGCGCUGUACUGUCUGUCACACUGAGAUCUGCUGGGUAACCAGAGGGCCCCGCUGGGGGCCGAGGGGUCCUGGAGACACCAGUGGAGGAUGUUGUUGCAAUGUCAACAACCAGAAAUGCCACCCUAAAUGCCAAAACUGCCACUGAGAGGGCAAAGAUGGGUCAGAUUGGCCGACUGAAUGAGUGACUGAACUUGGAAAAAAGCUGCUCUCUCAAUAGCACGAAAGACUGAGAAUUAUUAUUAAGCUAUAUUUAAUACAAACCUGUGCAGGAUUUAUACAUUAAAUACACACUGAGAUCUUUAAUCAGCACAUCUCUAAGUAUCACUUAUUUCACUGGAAUCAGAAUAACAGAAAUGAUAUUUUUACCUCUCACAAAUAAGAAAAUGCAGUUCGUUAACGUGUCACAUCUGACUGCAAUGAAGAUGAGUAUUUACUUUGAACGCAUGUAGUGCCUUUUCAAACAUGUUUGCACAGCAGAUGUAGCAAUAUAAGUGUGUUACUUUCAGCUUUAGCAGUUACACACCUGGAUGCAUUACAUAAAAACUGAAGUGGCCUUAUUCUUGUGCACAAAAGUGCUAGCAGGAUGCUUUUGAGUUCUCUGAAAGAAAUAAAAAUGUGACAAUUUCCGGUUGUGUUCUUGUCAUGCAGGUUUCUGCGUGCAGAUAGAUGAAUUUUGGGGUACCGAGUUACAUAUAGAAGCAUUUCUUUCUGUGUGUGUGUGUGUGUGUGUGUGCGUGUAAUGACUGUGUGUGUGCCUUACCACCAAAGAUGUUUGAACUGAAACAGCUGUGUCUGUGAUUCAUUUGAUACGGAUGCUGCCUGAGAGAAACCAGGCUGUUUUGACUGUUUUAUUACACACAAUUCUGUGUUUUACCAGAAACUGCACUGCUCACAUUUGAGUAUUAUGUGACGACAUCACCAAUAAAUGGCAAAGUGUUCUAUAUAGUCAAAAAUUGAUUAAGCUAAUAUUUUCUGUAAGGGGAGGCACAUGUGAACACCUUUUGUCGAUAAGCUUAUAUUCCUGUAAAAGACCUUGGGUAUAAUAAAGUGAAAUAUAGAGACAAUAUCCAGCAUAUAUAAUAGUUUUUCAAUUCUACGUGAAAGUGCUGCAUCUGUGUUUGGAAUAUACUGUUAUCCAUACAUGCAUCAAUGCUCUUCACCAUUUAAAAACAAACAAACAAACACAUAAGUUUGAAAUUCUUGAGUAUUCCCUCAACUACACUACUGCCCAGAACUGAUAGCCAGGAACAGAUCCUCACUCUUACCUGUGUGUAAAAGUCAGCACUGUGUUGCUGAUUUUCUGUUGUGCCUUAAUGAUAAAUAAAUACCAUUUAAACUCACA